CUGCAUGCAGUUUGUGGGACUAGCAUGCUUUGCAGUCAACGUAAUUGUGGAAACUAGAACAACUUGGAUUUCAGUUUGAUCUGCAAAUAUUACACUGGAUACCCCAGGACUAGGAACUGAUAUGAGGGGAUCAACCCCAGGUUCUGCCGCAGGAACAUAGACCAACAUCAGUAGAAGCAGCGACGUAUCCAGAGAGGUGGACAGACGUGAAGGACUGAGGACCAAGACUGAGCAUCUCAACUGCGGAGACGGGCAGUGUGCUGUCCAAAGACCCAGCCUGACACACAGAGACCGAAAGACGGACGGACAGUCCGAUGCCAACUGUCUCCACUGUCAAUCUCACAGCACCACUCCUCCUCCUGUUGCUAUGGGCAACCCACCCCACCAUGGCAACCAACUGGCUUUCCCUGGCGAGGCUGCCUCGCUCCAGGCCCGUGUCCGGUGCUGUCCCGUGUGCACGGCUGAGGGGGCUGACCCCAGGGCAGGUGGGGGUGUGCAGGGCACGGGGGGAGGUUAUGGAGUCUGUACGCAAGGCUGCCGAGAUGGUCAUAGAGGAGUGUCAACACCAGUUCCGGAAUCGCCGCUGGAACUGUUCCACCACCCCCCGAGGGAUCAACUUAUUCGGCAGAGUCAUGUACCAAGGCACUCGCGAGGCAGCCUUUGUGCAUGCUUUGUCCUCGGCAGCCGUGGCAGUGGCAGUGACCCGAGCAUGCACGCGCGGGGAGCUGGAGAGGUGUGGCUGUGACAGGAAGGUCAGGGGGGUCAGCCCUGAGGGUUUCCAGUGGUCCGGUUGUAGUGACAACUUGUCCUAUGGCGUCGCCUUCUCCCAGACAUUUGUGGAUGAACCGGAACGAGCAAAGGGGCUGUCCGCAGGACGACCACUGAUGAAUCUCCACAACAACGAGGCUGGUCGAAAGGCCAUUCUUCACAACAUGCAGGUGGAGUGUAAGUGUCAUGGUGUCUCCGGGUCCUGCGAGUUGAGGACCUGCUGGAAAGUCAUGCCGCCAUUCCGGCGCGUCGGCAUCGUGCUCAAGGAGCGCUUCGAUGGAGCCACAGAGGUUCGCUUGACUCGUAUCGGAUCCAGGACCGCCCUGCUCCCCCGUGACCCCCAAGUCAAACCCCCUGCUGCCAGAGAUCUGGUCUACCUUGCACCAUCCCCAGACUUCUGUCACCUGGACCCUGACAACGGUAUCCCUGGUACGGCGGGCAGAAGAUGUAAUGGAACCUCGCGGCUCGCCCCGGACGGCUGCGAGCUGGUGUGCUGUGGGCCGGGUUAUAGAGCGGGUAGAGCCGAGGUGGUGCAGAGGUGCUCAUGCAAGUUCUCCUGGUGCUGCUCAGUGCGCUGCCAGCAGUGCAAGAACACAGUCACUAUUCACACCUGCCGAGUUUAACCCCCCACCCCAACUCCCUUUACCUAUUAAAACAAAUUUAACACCUUAGACUGAGAUCUCAAAGAAACACCAGACAGACACUCCUCAAUGACAGGAUGAGGAUAAGACUAUUUUACCAUUGAUGACACGUUUAUCUCUUCAUGAGCUUACUUAAUCAUUUUUACAACAGAGCAGUGAGGCUGGUCAGAACUCUAACAUAAAAGUUGGCCACAGGCUUACCUAAGAAAACACUAAAAAGGUUCAUACUUUACAAAUAUUCAUCACAUCUUACACAGGAAAAUGAUCAGUAACCCCUGAGACAUAGAAGGGACUGUAUAAGUAAGCUCAGCUUCUUCCUGCUCCUUUUUGGACAUGUUGAAUUGUGUGAGUGUAAACAUGGUGUACUUCAAUGCAACUUUGUUAAGCAUGUUUGAAAAACUAAACCAUUACCACUACCAUGCAUACGACUACACUCAUCACUCACACAUACAGCUAAUAAUGUCAUCCUGAAAUGACAAAGCUUUCAAAGCGGAACAUAAGAGGAACUAACAGAGGAAACUUUGCAGCACAAUAUAUUUUUAUUUUAUUUUAUGCAUGAUAGGUGCAGCCAAUGUGUUCACUGUCCUCUCUAUUGCCGUUUAUUUAUUGCAUACCAGAGUCUUUGCUGCACAUCAGCCUCCAGCAGGAAUGUUAAAAAACAGACUAGAUCCCA